AACGAAUACGAAACGACACGUGAUUCGCGCUAACUGGAAGCAAGAUGGCGGUGGUAGUGCGGAGCUUACAAGACCAGCUCGAAAAAGCCAAGGAAAGCUUGAAAAAUGUGGACGAUAAUAUUCGUAAAUUAACGGGACGUGAUCCCAAUGAAUCAAGGCCGGGUCAUAUCCGUCGGCUCAGCGGCCCCAUGGCAGGCCCCGGUGGAGGUAGAGGCCGAGGAAUCAACCUGCUCAGGCGUAGUCUCUUAGACAUUGGAAGUGGUGGCCCCCCUGCCAAGCAGAGGGACAUCGAAGGAGCCCUGCUGAGGCUGGCAGGGGACCAGAGGGCCAGGAGAGACACGCGCCACGACAGCGACGCUGAGGAUGAUGACGAUGUCAAAAAGCCAGCGUUGCAGUCGUCUGUUGUAGCUACCUCCAAGGAGAGAACACGCCGAGACCUCAUUCAAGAUCAAACCAUGGAUGAGAAGGGUAAACAGAGGAAUCGGCGUAUGUUUGGGCUGCUGAUGGGGACCCUGCAAAAAUUCAAACAGGAGUCAAAUGUCUCUACAGAUAAGCAAAAGAGGCGUACAGAGAUCGAGCAGAAGCUCGAGAUUCAGGCGGAGGCUGAGAGAAAGAAGGUCGAGUCUGAAAAGAGGGAGCUUUUUGAAGAGAGGAGAGCCAAACAGACUGAGCUGAGAUUACUGGAACAGAAAGUGGAAUUAGCUCAGCUGCAAGAGGAGUGGACCAGCCACAAUAAUCGUCUGGUGAAAUACAUUCGUACUAAGACCAAGCCUCAUAUCUUCUAUCUGCCUGGGAAAAUGUGCUCCGCCACACAGAAACUCCUCGAUGACUCCACCAAGAAACUAAAUGCUGUGUUUCAGGAGAGGUGUGAGGCUUUUGCCGAACAUCUCAGCAAGAUGGAGACCCGCCCCCGGCGUCAGCCAAACCGCGACCAGGACGGCAAUGUUGCAGCAACAGGGACGGACCACUCGGCGGAGGGUAAGCCUGCAGGUCAGGUAGUCAAGGUGACAGGUAACAAGGGGGAUGCAGAGAUGGAGGAAGAGGAGGAGGAAGAUGAGGAGGAGGAGGAGAGGGAGAAGGAGAAGGAGGGCAAUAGAAAGGUGACAGAGAAAGAUGGGGGGGAGGAGAGGGAGGAAGCAGAGAAGGAAGUGUUGAAGAAGGCAGAGGAAGAGGAGGAGGGGAUGGGGAUGGAACUAAGUGAGGAGGGAAGCGAGGAGAAGAAGGUAGGAGUGGUUAAAGAUGGAGAGGACAGAGUGGAGAAGGGAGAGGAGGAGGCUAGUCCAGGGUCAGAGGAGAUGGAGAUGGAGGUAGAGGGUGGGCCAGAGCAGAAGGACAGGAGUCAAGGAGAGGAGGGAGAAACGGACCGUAAACAAGGGCCCACAGACCUCCAAAGUGAAAAGACCCAAAACCUCCAGUCCUUUGAACCAGUUGUAACCAGCCAAGAAGCACCAGAUACCAGUCAACAGCCCCAGCUUAGCCACACUGCAGGAGAACCAGUAGUUACAUCCUCUGGGGUUCCGGACUUGGACAGGAUCCCUGGGUCAGCCCCCAUAGUGCCUGGGCAGGAGUUCAUCAUCGCUGGCCUCGGGUUCCAGGACCCAGCAGUCGAGAACCAGGCUGUGCAAGAGAAACCAGAGGACAAAGCCCCUCAAAAAACGCAUGAUUCCCAGGAGGCCCCCAGCAUUACUCCUGCACCCGCUAAGGAGGAAGAGAAUGGAGGCAGAGGGAGGAAGAAGGACAAGGAGCCAAGGAAGGGCCGCAGUCACAGUAACAGCUCCUCCUCUUCCUCCUCCGGCUCCUCCUCCAGUGGGAGCUCCUCCUCUUCCUCGGGAUCCAGCCGUUCAUCUUCAUCGUCGUCGUCCUCUUCAUCCUCUUCGUCCAACAGCAGCAGCCGAAGUCGCAGCAGAGACGACAGUAAGCGCAAGAGGAGGCCAUCUGAUAGGGGCAGGAAGAAGGGAGAAGAGAGAAGUCGCCACAAGCGAGGAGGGAGUAGCGGAGGAGGCAGGGACUCGAAGGGAUCGAGGAAGAGGAGGAGCGAGGAAGGGAGGGGCAGGUCAUCCCGGAACGAUAGGGAGCAUAAAGAUAGAGACAGGAAAGACAAGAGACGCUAAUCUGGUUCUCAUUCAGCCUCUGUAAAGCUGGAAAACACAGGAAAACAUUGAGGAAAGCUAAACUAUUUACUAAAUGACACAUGAGAUGAGUUUUUAAAGUAGCAUUUUCCUUUAAAACACCACAAAGUCUGUUGAAGUUUGACCAUAGGAGGAUAUUUUUUUUCCUCAAGUGUAGGGAUUUAUUAUUUGAAACUGAAGUCGAAUGGUGGAUAGCUGGUUCUGAUUUUCCCUCCAUCGUUGUCUCUUUACUUGGCAAAAGAUAUGUAACCUAAACCUUUUUUUUUUUUUAUUUUGUCACCAUCUCUGGCAAGGCAACUCCCUUACACUGUCUCAAAUCAGCAAUUUAACCAAGCAGGUAUGAGACGGACGAGACUAUUUGAGACGUCAUUUUAGUCAUUUUAAAUUCAAAAGAUUUAUCUUCAACCUGAUAUGUGCUUUUUAAAAAAUGUCUUUGUCACACUGUGAAAAGAUAGUGUUGAAUGUUUAGUGUCCUAUUCACUAUAAGGCUGGGUUACUGAUGGUUAACUAUAACCGUUAACUUACAGGCAAUGUUUUCAAGUUGAUGUGACAAUGCUAUUGAUCCUCAUUUAUUUCCACUUUUCCACUAUUUGAUCAAUGCCAGGGCCCUUGUAUCUUCACUUGGAUACAUGUGAUUUGCUCAGAUUCUGUUUUUUUUUUUUUUUUGUACCAACUGAUAAACUUUGAAUUAAAGGUGAGGUAUUAGCAUAA